CACCGGGUCCAGGCUGCAGAUUCCCCGGCACCCAGCGAUCGCUGGGGAAAGCUCACAGGGGAGAGACCUGUAUGGAAUGCUGCUUUGUAUUUCUCUGUACAGCAGAGAAAUACAAAGCAUUAUGUUUCCCUAGUAAAACACACACAGCACAUAACCUAAAACAGCACACAGUUAACCCUUUGAUUGCCCCAGAUGUUAACCCUUUCAUGCCCAGUGCCAUUAGUACAGUGUCAGUGCUUUUUAAUAGCAUUGAUCACUGUAUUAGUGUCAUUGGGAUGUCAGUGGCAGUUAGUCAGUUCCCACCAAAUGUCAGAAUGCACACCACAGUACCGCUA